AUGCUUGCAAUUGUGUCGGCUAUCGAACACUUCCGAGUAUACCUCGCUGGGGGACACUUCACAGUAAAGACAGACCAUCUACCGUUGGUGUCAAUCCUGAGAAACCCCAGUGCAAAACUGUCAACAAGACUAGAACGUUUAAGCCUCCGAUUGCAACACUACCUGUUCGAGAUCCAGUACAUCCCGGGAAAGGACAAUCCUGCGGAUUAUUUGUCCAGGCAUCCGCCUCCCUCACCGCAAGAAAUCAAGCCUUACCGAGAAACAGACGCAGUUGAAGAAUACAUCUCCUUUGUAAUGAAGGCAGCCACGCCAAAUGCACUACCCGUGCACGACAUCGAAGAUGCAUGGAAGAACGAUGCGCAGAUGAACAGUUUAAUAAGCGCACUACGGGCAGCUGAUCGAAAGUCUCGUGAACACCUGUGGAAAGAUGAAAAGCUAAAACCUUUUGCCCAAAUCAAGGACGAGCUAACUGUCACUGACAGCAACAUAGUCCUGAGAGGAACUCGUCUGGUGAUCCUCGAGAAAGCCCAAAUGCAGGUCAUCCACCUUGCCCACCAGGGACACCAGGGUCUGGUGAAGACUAAACAGCUGAUACGAGAGAAAGUGUGGUUUCCAGGCAUAGACCAGAAGACGGAGGCCGUGAUCAAGAGCUGCGCAGCCUGUCAAACAACUGUCGAGGAGAAGAGGGUUUCGCCCCUGAUGAUGACUCCACUACCCGAUGGGCCAUGGCAGUCACUUGCAGCAGACUUUGCAGGACCCUUGCCAGGAAACAGUCACGUGCUGGUGGUCGUGAACGAGUACUCACGAUUCCCCAUCGUUGCGACGUUGUCUUCACUGACUACCACAGCGGUGACGGCAAAGCUCAUCGAUAUAUUCGCAGUACACAGCUUACCACAUGUACUGAAAACAGAUAACGGCCCGCCGUUCUUCUCGAAAGAAUUUGCAAGCUAUCUCAGCCAAAAUGGCAUACGUCAUCACCGUACCACCCCACUGUGGCCGCAAGCAAACGAUGAAGCAGAGAGAUUUAUAAGAAGUAUCAAGAAGACCGUGAAGGCGGCUGGCGCCUCCGGAACCAACUGGAAAGAAGAAAUGAGCACCUAUCUCCUGAACUACAGAGCAACGCCACACUCCACGACUGGUGUUACUCCAGCAGAACUUCUGUUCGGCAGAAAAAUUCGAACAAGAAUUCCUGAGAUGCCAGAAAAGAAACCCCAUGAGAACCUGGAAAAGAGAGACCGGGAGACGAAAGAGCAAAUGAAAGCAUAUGCAGACAAGCAGCGUCAUGCAGCGCACCAUGAACUUCGACAAGGAGACGCUGUGCUACUGAAACGGCAGUCGCCACUGUCGUGUGAGUCUGCAUAUGACCCUCGACCCUACCGAGUCAUCAGGGUCCAGGGAACAGCGAUCACCGCCGAACGCGACAACAAGAAAAUUGUCAGGAAUGCCUCAUUCUUUAAACGCGUUCCUGAAGUCCCCUCCCAGGAUUCGGACGAGUGGCAAACAGCGGAGCACCCCGCCCAUGCAGCUGUUCCUUCUGCCAACACAGAAGAUAGCACCAGCCCUUUUGAUGCGAGCCCGGACGAACGCACAACCGGCAACCAAACUACAGCAGCAGCGACAAACGGCCGUAGUUCCGAACGUGCAAAUCGCGGAAAGCCGCCUACAAGAUUUGCAGACUACUCCUUCAUGUGA